UAUAUGAGCCUGGCAACAGUAGAUCUUCAAGGUCUUCCACUUUCUGUCCCACUUUGGCACCUUCAGCUGCUACUCCUUGAUCCAGUUACACUUGUGUUGUGCUAGUGAAAGGAACACUUCACAUUUUUAUCUACUGUUAAGAGUUUCUUAGAAUUUUCAUUUAUUUUAAAUAAAGAUCCAUAAGUGAUGUGGCCUGAAGACCCUGGAGUGACCACGUGGCGUGGUCUUGACCUUAACUCCCUUCAGGUAGACGAAGCCUACCUCAAUAUCACUUCCAACAAAGACGAGGUCUACCUCUAUUCCAUCUCUGAAGACUGUGAUCGAUGUCCUUUCAGUUUAGAGGGUGUGAUUCACCAUCACAGAGUAUUCAAAGUCAAUACCAAACAUCCCUCUAAAUGGCGUUUGUACUCUCGAAGUGACAGCAUUAUCUCUAGCAAUGAUACCAGAUUACUGGAAUGUGACGUGGUGUCUAGCAAUGUUGGGGAGUUUGGUGUCUAUGACCUCAUACAUAACAGCUCCAACUGCACUCUAGUCACAGCCGUCCCUUCUGUGAAUAUCACGUACUCACUAACACUCUUAUUGGUUUUUCUGCUGGUGCUCACUUCUAUUGCUGUCAUAAUAUCCUUAAGAAGACUCUACAGAAAUGGAACAGAUAAUAAACAAGACACAACUCCCAAGAGAGCAAGAAUCAGGUCACUUGAUACAUUCCGAGGGUUGACUUUGGUGCUGAUGGUGUUUGUCAAUGAUGGAGCCGGUGGCUACUGGUUCCUAGAACACGCUACAUGGAACGGGCUACUCAUGGCGGACGUGCUCUUCCCUUGGUUCAUGUGGAUAAUGGGAGUUUGUAUUCCUAUAUCAGUGCGAUCGCAACUUAAAAGAGGGACGCCUAGAUGUACCAUGUUUCUCAACAGCUUAAAGCGGGGCUGCACCCUCAUACUGUUGGGGCUGAUGCUCAACACUGUCGGGGUGGGGCCACAGCUGAGCACCCUUAGAGUGUUCGGAGUGUUACAGAGGUUUGGCAUCGUCUACUUAUUUGUAUCCUCACUUGCCAUCUUCCUCACUCAUAGACCAUCCAGGGACACAAGUCACCAGAAACCUCCACCUCAUGUUCUAUCUGAUGUGCUGUCUCUUUCUCCUCAGUGGAUUGUAGUGAUUGCUAUCCUGGCUGUGCACACAUUCCUCACCUUCUUUGUACCUCUACCAGGAUGUCCAUUAGGGUACAUAGAUGCAGGAGGUAUCCAAGACAUGGGCAUCUUCUCCAACUGCACUGGAGGAAUUAGCCGAUACAUAGAUCAACUGUUGGUGGGGGAAAGUCAUCUGUUCCAGAGAUCAACAGUUAGCGAGGUUUAUCACACUGCUCCUUUUGAUCCAGAAGGAUUCUUGGGUUGCUUGACCUCGGUAGUACAAGUAAUGUUGGGAGUGCAGGCUGGCAGUACAUUGCUCACUUACUCCGAAGGUCGCCCAAGAGUUGUCCGUUGGCUGUUUUGGGGAUUACUCUGUGCUCUCUGUUCCUGGGGCUGUAUCUCUCUGGCACAUAUACCUAUUAACAAAAACCUCUGGUCUAUCUCUUAUGUAUUUGUCACAUCCAGCCUUGCUUUCAUCUUCUUCGCAGGAUGUUAUCUACUUGUAGACCAUUUUGUUUUUUGGAAUGGCUCCCCUUUCAUAUUCCCAGGUAUGAACUCUAUUUUCCUGUAUGUGGGACACACAGUAUGCUAUCAGAUGUUCCCUUGGCAUUGGUGGUUGCAGCCCAUGAACACUCACUUCUUGUUGAUGGCUGAAGCACUGUGGGGGACAGCACUGUGGGUAGCUGUCACUUACUGGCUCUACAAUAAGCAAUGCUUCAUCACUGUAUAAACUAUUCAUUGUCACAAAUUAAAACUUGUUUAAUAUAA